AUGGGCGCAUCAAACUUACUACCACUUGUCGUCCUGUUCGCUGUCGUGGGAGUUGUCGCGUGGGUGGGAUAUCAGAUCUUCCUCUACACGAACGAACUCGCCGAGCGCGGCGUCCACAAGCUGGAGAAGAAGAAUGUCGUCUUUACGAAAGAUGGCGCAAAGGUUGGCGUGAAGGAAAUUAGUGCGGAAAACUAUGCGGAUAAGACACAAAAGGCGUUUGUGAAGACGUGGAAUGCGGCGCAAGAAGGGCAAUCGAAUACGCGAUCUCGAACGAAAUGA